AUGUCAAAGCCGUCGCCGAUGCCGGGCCGAGCUAGCCGGCCAAAGUUUCCUCCGGUCCUCUUCCUGUACCACCAAUCUCCAUCUGCUUUGGAUCUGGCAGCAGCCAAGACCCGAAAACUCCAGAGAGGGAAGCACCAUAAGGCUCAACACCUCCGGCGUAGAUCCAUCCAGGCGCCGGAUCAAAGAAGACCCGACCUGGUCAGCGACGAAAGCCACCAUCCUGCGCCGGCCGGCGGCGAUCAGGCACCGGAUCCAGAAGGAUCGGACCCGAGACCAACGGCGCACGCGACCACCAGAUCCAGCGGCCGCACCACGCCGCGAGCACGAACCCCAACCGCGGCGCGCUGCGCACGUCGCGGCCAGGAUCCAUCUGCAGCGCCGCCGCACCCCGCAAAAGUACGGCGCCUCCUCUCGAACGGCCGUCCCGCGCCAGCCCAUUCGGGGGAAGGAGAAGGGAGCCCCGCCGCCGCCCCUGCCGGCCUGGCUUCGCCCGGCGGCGCUGCUGGCGGCGGCGAGGAUGGAGGAGAUGUGGGGGAGUCCGGGCGCCGGCGGCUAGGGUUUCCCCCUGGUCGCCCGCGGGGGCGACCCGAGGGGUACGAGCCUCCAUCCUUUAUUGCUUCCACUACCAGCUUGCAAUCUGAUGCCACGACGAUCCUAGAAAUAUAUAAGUCCUCGGCCAAUGCUAGCGCCUCUCUCACGGCCAAUGCUUCGAGAGCUAUUAGACCAUCAAUGUAG